AUGGAAAAGGCUGGUGUUUUCGUUUGUCUCAUGAUUGUUCUCGUAGAUUUUGCUGCUGGUUUUCUCGUCAUCCAAGUACAUGUAAAGAGAUUAGAGUGUCGACAGCCAAAUGAUGAAGCUUUCAAGCUCGGGCAGAUUGCAGCUGUUCUACUAGCUUUAUCCCAUGUUUCUGCAAAUUUACUCGGUGGCUGCAUGUGCAUCUGUUGCACUGAGACUCUUGAGAAUAAAUCAUCUGGUAAAAGGAAAUUCUGGUUCGGGUGCCUCGUUCUUUCUUGGCUUGUAGUGGCGGUUGGAUUUCCAGCGCUGGUGAUGGGAAUGCUGGAGAUUUCGAAAUCAAAAGGGUUGUGCCAGCAGGUUUUUCAUCGCCAUUUUCUACUUGUUGGAGGAAUAUUGUGCUUUGUUCAUGGGAUUUUAAGUGUUGGAUGCUGUGUUUCUGCAAUUUUAAGCUUUGAAAAGGAUGGAGAUCCUUAA